AUGGCGGAGCAAUCGCGGGGCAGUAUCCCCAUCUUGUUGCUCAAAACGAAGUCGGUACCCACGGACACGUACGAAGAGUUAUUCCUUGGCCUCGACAAUGGCCGCUACGCUCCUGUUUUUGUGCCGGUGCUGGAGCACAGGUUCAAGCGAGACGCUCUGCGCGAGGUGCGUGAGCAUGUCACCAGCCGAGGCUUGGUGCCAAAGUCGCAACAAGGCCUCGCGACAUACGGCGCCCUGAUAUUUACCUCGCAGCGGGCCGUUGAGGCGUUCACCGAGGUUAUCCAAGAAAUUCGCAGCCAAGGAACCUAUAAAGUUGACGAUCUGCUUCCAGAGAGCCUGCCACUCUAUGUCGUAGGCCCGGCUACCGCACGCGGACUGCGAGCGUUAGGACUUAAAUGCCCCAUCCUAGGUGAAGAAACUGGCAAUGGUGAAGCCCUAGCUGGCUUCAUCCUGCAACACUAUAACGCCAUGUAUCCAGAUACUCCCAACCCACCUGUUCUGUUCAUGGUCGGAGAUAAGAGAAGGGAUAUAAUACCAAGAACGCUCCAGUCGACGGAGCUGGAGCCGAAUACUAGGGCAAAAGUUGACGAAUUGGUUAUAUACGAGACCGGAGAGAUGCAGUCUUUCAAGGAGAACUUUUCUGCCAUUUGGAAAGACAACACUAAGAGGGGUUUCAGACGCCAAUGGGUGGUUGUAUUCUCCCCAAGCGGAUGCCAGGCGAUGCUCGAGAGUCUGGGUCUUUUGGAUACUGAGACUGGAAGAGCAAAAGCGUCUACCGAACAGAGGGACAUACUCAUAGCCACCAUCGGCCCGACUACUCGCGACUACCUCAUACAGCAAUUUGGCUUUACUCCCGAUGUGUGCGCAGAAAAGCCAACUCCAGAGGGUAUAGCGGAGGGUAUUAGAUAUUUUCUCGAAAAGCGCGAUAGAUUCUCGGAAUUCUACUCAAUUGACCCAAUAUCUGCACAUUUGACUGCAACACACUCUCCUACACAUAAUUCCAGUAACAUGUCAAGCCCCACGAAAAGCAGCGAUGUCGCAGCUGGUACUAAGAGGAAACAUGAUGUCGAGCCAUCUCCCAAGCGCGAGACCAAAGCAGCGAAGAAGCAGACCACUAUUGAGGAGACGAUGGGAUCAGGUAAAGAAAAGGACGAGGAGAUGAAAGACGCCUCGGAUGAUGGCGAGACUGUGAAACAAACAGACAAAUCUGAGGAAAAGGUCGAUGAGAACCUUGUCGAUGCGAGUGAUGAGCAAGCUUUGUCCAACGGCGACGACGCAAAGCCGUCUGGGACCGAAAGUCAGGGUGACGACGAUUCCAACACUGAGCCAAAAGCGCACACAACGACACGGGACGAACAAGAAAAUGAUUCGCACAAUACUUCAAAAGAACCAGUCACCAAUGGAGAGGGCGCGAUCGAGGAGUCAUCGCAGCGUGAAAAGCAGAUUCCAUCGAACAUUCUUGAAAAAGGCGUCGUAUACUUUUUCACUCGCAACCGCGUCGGCAUUGAAGAAUCUGAAAGCGUGGGCGAUCUACAGCGCACAUUCUUCGUCCUGCGACCUAUGCCAGUAGGCGCCAAACUCGGCGACGGCCCGCUUGCGGAUGACAACAACAAUCGUUUGUUCGCGCUUCCAAAGAAGGUUUUCCCAAAGUCACACAACGAUCGUUUCAUGGCUUUUGUGGAGAAAGCGAACGUUACCAUAAAAGAGCUGAAGGAGGACUUUUUCAGUGCGGAAGAGUAUAAUACAAAGACACAGGGCACUCGGCGCGUUGAACCCGUUGCUCCAGUGGCUGAAGGUGUAUACGCAAUCACACGUACUGAGGACCGUACAUGUCAUCUUGUCUAUUCUACUACUAUCCCCUCAGAACUUGGUGAGGUGCAGGAUGAUCUGGGUAUCAAAGAUCAGGGCAGCUUCAUCAUCAGCGUCAAGAACCCGGAGCGGAGUGGACCUGCCCAGGCCCAGCUCCCUCAAAAACCUGAUUUUCCUAAAGAAUUCAUCGAAGAGUUCCGUGGACUAGCUUGGGUCGAAGCGAAGCCGAAGUAUCUUGACUAUGAGUACUGCCAGAUCCUGCUCAUUGGCGAGAGACUGGAGUCGGGCGUCAAGCCUACUACGAAGGACCAAAAGCAUGAUAAGGAGACUCCGCUCGAGGAGAUUGAGAAGCUCGAGCAUGAAGACGAGCUUCGCGUCGAGCAUCUUCAUGGUGAUGAUUCCAUCUACGAUGACCUCAAGAUUAGCAAGAAGGAGUAUCCCCAGGUCUCUACGACCUGGUGA